AUGCACCACUUCAACGCGGCAGACAACCAUCCAGAAGCCGCCAGCAGAUGGGUUUCGUGGAUCCCUAUGGCGGGCCGUAUGCGCUCCCGCCACCUCUCCGAAUCACUUGGGUCGUUUGGCAAUCCUCUCCCUUGGAUUCGAAACCAGCAGCACAACAAGAACACUAUGGGCCCAUCAGCCGCGUUCGCAAUGGUCCGGUUCUUCCUCCUCUCGUACGGAUACGAGCAGGGAUACUUGCAGCCGCACGGUCUUCCCGCCUGA